CCACUCCCCGUCGGAUGCCGCCGCCGCCAUGACCGUCACGGCCGCCGCAUGGCCGGUAUGCACCAUCUGCUACGAGGACCUCCGCCCGCUCUCCGACCAGCACCUCCACUGCCUCCCCGCCUGCGGCCACGUCUUCCACGCCCUCUGCCUGGAGCAAUGGCUGGAGUACUGCCCUGGGGGCAAGAAGAAGCGCACCUGCCCCGUCUGCAAGCAGCCCUGCGGCGCCGCGCACCCGCCGACCCGCCUCUACUUCAGCUCCACCGGCACGUGCCCGAUCCAGGCCUGCCCCUCCCCGGGAAGCGCCUCUGGGGGCGCGGACCCGGAGGCGCUCGCCGCCGAGGUCGCCCGGUUGGAGCAGAAGGCGGCGUCGCUCGGCAAGGUGGUCGAGGAGCAGCGCCAGAGCAUCAACGAUCUCAAGUCCGAGGCUGCCUGGUUGAGGGAGCAGGCGGAGGCGGGAGACUUUAUGCUGCAAGCCGCGAAGAAGGACAAAGAAUCUGUCCAGAUACUUCUGAAUGCGAAAACAGAGGAGUUGUCGAGGAAGACAUCAGAGUGCGGGAGGUUGCAGGAGAAGAGCCUUGCAUUAGCCAAAGAGCUUGCGGCGCUGAAGCUGUCCGCAGACAUGAACCUUCAGGAGGAAGAAAUCAUGAAGUUUGCUUCACUUGGUAACCAGGGAAACCUGCAGAAUGCUGUUGAUGUUUUGAAGAGAUCACUUGCUAUUCGGAACAAGAGCUACAAGGAAUUGAUGGUCCAGUGUAAUGUUUUGGGAAGAUCAGAGUCUCGCAUGCAGCAGAAGCUUGAAAAGGCCAAAGAAAUUUUAAAGAAGUUAAAGGCAAGGGUACAGGAACUUGAGAAGGAAUUAGAAGAUAAAGAAAAUGGUCUGUUAAGGGACUUGAGGUCUUCAAAGAAAUUUAAAGCAGACCAUAUAAAAUCUGGGAAUGUCACAGCUAAUAGUGCUUUCACUAGUUCAAGUCCUGGAUAUGAAAAUCAAACAAACAAGCUCGAUGAGGUGAUGCAAGAUCCGUGCAACGACAAGACUCACUUUGACCGGUUAAAAUCUGAAGCUGGGAGUGUUCUGAAUGCCCAAGACAACCUGGACAACAAGGAUGUAGAUGUGAUAGACCUAGAAGCCAAUGAUUCUGUUUUUGGAGAUGAACAGAAGGCUCAGUUUUCCGCCAAGCCAUUCGGGACCGAUGAUAGCACACCGAAUUCCGAGAACAAGUCUAGCCUUUGCCAAAAUGAUGACCGACAUUCCGUGGCAUCUGAAUGCACAACCGCACACGCAGCAAAUGGAGGACCCUUCCUCAAACACAGAGAAGCAACUGUAAAAUCAACCUUUAUGGCGAACAUUAGGGCCAAACUGCAUAUUCCUCGGGAGAGUCCUUCCGUGAGAACUAACGCGACAAGUUCAACGCUGGAGAGUGAAACAUUGACAAUUGAUGGCAUCUCCAAACAAGCAACGAGAUUGGCAUCUGGCACUGGACCUCAGCAGAUCCACAACUUCAACUCUUUUUCUGAUGAUUUCCAAGCGCCAGGAAUUCCUGGCACGGAUGGAGCAAGGAGAAGCAUUGGCAAAUGGUGCAAGGGCCCAGCAGAUCCCAGUUCUGCGAGUGGGAGCAGAGGCAACCUGAUCGCCGUGGGACCGGAUGGCCGAGGAGGCAAGGUCAAGAUCCUGAGGGACCUUGGCCGACCCCAGGAUAGCAAGUCCCAAGCGCUGUGGCCCAAGGCGCAGAAGGUUGCAGGCAGAGGUGGCCAGUCCCAGAUCCAUCAGUUCUUUGGCAAGAGAUGAUCCUGCUACUGAAUGAAUAUGUUGUGCCGCAUGGAGCCUGGUUAGCUGAACCUAAAUCCUGCAUGCAGCUGUGUCGGUAUGCAAUGCGUGCUGUCGAACAACUGAACGUGUAUCUCUGUUGUGCUUGAGCUGAUCUACGUGUGGAUAGUUGUAGAGCACACCUCUGGCUCAGCUUGGACAUAGCCCUGGUUUCAUCACAUGGCAGCUGGAUGCAGCAGAAGAGGGAAACAAGUUUGUUGAAGAGUCUGAUGGUAGGUUCUGGGAGGUGGUGUGGGCUUGGGAGAGCCUACCUACACUACACGUCAGCUGUGUUGGAUCUAACCAUCCAAUCAUAACAGGACACCGGGCAUGUAUGGCGCUUCUAGUUUGUUUGUUUGUGAAGUAGUGCAAGUGUUGAGCUUCUCGAGUCCCUGAAAAGGAUGUUUAGUGGACAGCUACACCAGCUCCCGUCUUUUUCUUCAAAGAUUUUAGCUGCCAUAACUGAUGUACUUGUUUUGUAUAGUCAUCAUUUUACAUUUAAAUAUAGACAUAAAAAUCAAGAGUUAAAACG